AUGGCGGCGGCGGCGGCGGCGGCGGCCGAGGCGGAGUACGAGUCGGUGCUCUGCGUGAAGCCCGAGGUCAGCGUCUACCGCAUCCCGCCGCGGGCCUCCAACCGCGGCUACCGUAGGCCCCAGCUUGAAGAAGGGGAGCUUUUCGCCCAGGCCCCGAUUGACCUGUACCCUGGCAUCGCAGUGGAGACGGUAAAUGAUUCGAGCCGGUAUUUUGUCAUCCGGAUUCAGGACGGAAACGGACGCAGCGCCUUCAUCGGCAUCGGCUUUGGCGACCGAGGCGACGCCUUUGACUUCAACGUGGCCCUGCAGGACCAUUUCAAGUGGGUGAAACAGGAGACGGACAUCUCCAGGGAGUCCCAGGAGCUGGACAGCCGGCCCAAGCUCGACCUGGGCUUCAAGGAAGGCCAGACCAUCAAACUGAACAUCGGGAACAUGCCCACCAAGAAAAGUGGGUCAGCGAAGCCCCGGCCGGCUGGCUCAGCGGGACUCAGCCUCCUCCCCCCACCCCCGGGGGGCAAAGUGGCCCCUCCUCCCCCCGUCCCCCCUCUUUCUUCAACGGCCAUUUCCAACCACGUAACUCCGCCCCCCGUGCUGAAGUCCAGCGGUGCUGGCCACGCAGAUGUCCUCCUAGACCUGGAUGAUUUGGCACCCCCCACCUCCAAGGCUCCCGCAGUGGCGCCUGCUGCCGUCCCACCUGCUGCAGACCUGUGGGGAGACUUCAACACUGCGCCCAGCGCAGUUCCCAGCCAGCCCGCUCAGCCAUCCAGCUGGGUUCAGUUCUGA